GCAAAUGGCUGCCCUGCCUUGAGUCAGUGAUUAAUGGACGGAAAAAAGGGCAGAGUGUGUUCACAUAAAAUCGGAAACUAUUUUCCUCAAAAAUGGAUUUUAACGUAAAGAAAUUGGUUAAAGAUGCAGGAGCUGCGCUCAGCAGAGUCGUGCAGCUCACCGAGGAGACUCUUGGAACCUCCGAGAAAACUGAGCUUGAUGCUCAUUUUGAACACUUGGCAGAACGAGCAAAUGUUACUAAAACUUGGACUGAAAAGAUUCUUCGGAAUAUGGAGGCAAUGCUUACUCCUAAUCCUGGAAAUAGAAUUGAGGACUUUUUCUACGAAAAGAUCGACAAAAGGAAGCCAAACAGACUUAGUAAUUUGGAGUACGUUGGGCAAGACAUGAUCGAUGCAGGAAACGAAUUUGGACCUGGCAUCGCCUAUGGCAGUGCCUUAAUCAAAGUUGGCCGUUGCCAGCAGAAGUUGGGUCAAAUCGAGAGGGACUUUAUCGGAACAUCUGCUAAUUGUUAUAUUCAGCCUUUGAGGAAAUUCCUGGAAGGUGAAAUGAAAACUAUAAGCAAAGAGAUGGCCAUUCUAGAAACGAAACGGCUUGACUUAGAUGCCUGCAAAAAUCGAGUUAGGAAGGCAAGAAGCAUGUUGGGUCAACAGAAUGAGAACGGUGUUUCGCCUGAAGUAUUACUCGAUCAGGCAGAAAGGGAGCUGAGGGUAGCACAAUCGGAGUUUGAUCGACAAGCUGAAAUCACGAAACUACUUCUGGAAGGAGUUUCGAGCUCGCAAGCUGGACACUUGCGUUGCUUACACGAAUUUGCCGAAGCUCAAACUCGGCACUACGCUCAGUGUCAUGCGACAAUGCAAGAACUACAACGAGAACUGGCUGGUUUGUCUGGGAGUUCAUUCCAUUCGACCACGACACCAUCAUCAUCUGCACCAAUGGAAAAUGGACAAGAUCGAGCAAGAGUAGUAUGCGACUAUACAGCCAGGGAUUCCAGUGAGCUAAACCUCGAACAAGACGAGGUAAUUUCAGUCUCCAAAAUUUCCGAAGACGAGGAUUAUCUAAUCGGAUUUAGAGGGAAUCAACGAGGAAAAGUUCCCAAAGCUUAUUUAGAAAUGAUUAGUAGUUAAAUUAAUUAGUUAAUUGUUAAAUAUUUUAGUUUUAAAAUCGAUCUACUUAUGUCUCUCAACGAUGAAUUUUUAACGAGUACCUAUCGUUAUCUCCUCUGCUUCAUAAAAAAAAUCGGAGAAAUACUGCGGAAUUUAAUCUAGUAUUUUCUAUGAAAAUUGACGAAAUUAAGGACUGAGAAAAAAUGUUUUUUUUUUCAAUUAUUUUUGAAUCUUAAUAAAUUGAUUAAUAUUUUCUUAUUAACACAAUCAGGAUUUUUCCCUUUUAAUAAAUGAUAUUUCAAUGUAUUGAAUGAUUCUGUACGAAUAAUGGGACCUAUUUUAAGACCUUUAAUACGAAAGGCCUUUCUUUUAAUUCUACUCAUUAAAUUAAUGUUAGGAUUAUUUUGAAGUAAUCGUAUAGAGUGAAUAUUAAUAACUGUAAUAAUUAAUGAAAUUUGACUUAUGUUUCAUUCAAUAAUUGAAAUUAAUUUCAUAA